AUGUGUGUGUUUUAAAUUCAGUAUAAUUGUCAAAUAAAAAAAAAAAAAUUACAGAUCGAAUGUGCCUAGGAAUGAAUUAGCAAAGUCAUCAAAACACGAAAGAUGUCAAUAUUCAGGUAUACCCUCCCUGUUUUCUUCCUCUGCCUGACACAACAGAUUCUAGCCAGGAGCGGACUAAGGGGGGUGUUUCCAGACAAAUAUCCUCCCAUGCUACAGAAUGGAAUAGACCCCGGCAGUCCACUAUUCCUGACUCCAUAUGUCGAGAAAGGACAAUUUGAUAUGGCUCAGAAGCUGAGUAGAGUGGGGCCGUUAGAUGGAACAAAUCUGGAGAGCUUUGCAGGAUUUUUCACCGUAAACAAAACCACCAAUAGCAACAUGUUCUUCUGGUUUUUCCCUGCUCAGACAAAUCCAGAGACAGCACCAGUGGUUCUCUGGUUACAAGGUGGCCCCGGUGGUUCCUCAUUGUUUGGGUUGUUCGUUGAAAACGGUCCAAUCAUGGUGGACAAAGAUAUCAAGUUGAGUAACAGAAAAAUGACAUGGAACACAAAGUACUCCAUGCUCUACAUUGACAACCCAGUAGGGACGGGCUUCAGUUUUACAGGUAAAGAUGAGGGAUAUGCUACCAACGAACAGGAUGUUGCCAGAGAUUUGUACAGCUGCCUGACACAGUUUUUCCAAGUCUUUCACCAGUUCCAGAAAAAUGACUUUUAUGCCACUGGAGAGUCCUAUGCUGGUAAAUAUGUCCCUGCCAUUUCAUACAAGAUUCACAUGGAAAAUCCACAGGCAAAGACUAAAAUCAACUUCAAAGGCAUGGCAAUAGGUGAUGGUCUCUGUGACCCAGAAACAAUGAUGGGUCAAUAUGCCACUUUUAUGUACAGUAUUGGAUUACUGGAUGAAAAACAAAGGGCUUACUUCCAAGGCAUGACGGAUAAAGCUACCAUUUACAUCAGGGGAAAGAAUUUUAAAGCAGCCUUUGAUAUAUUUGACACGCUUUUGAAUGGUGAUCUAACUCCAAAUGCGCCAUACUUUUACAAUGUUUCUAACAUUCAUAAUUACUACAACUUUUUACUGACUGAGGAGCCAGAAGAGUUUAAUUAUUACGGAAAUUACGUGGCCAAGCCUGAGGUACGGGCAGCAAUCCACGUGGGUAACCUGACCUAUAACAGCGGUACACAGGUAGAAAUGCACCUCAUCAACGACGUCAUGGAUACUGUCAAACCGUGGAUCAUACCCAUCAUGGAAAAUUAUAAGGUUAUGUUCUACAACGGUCAGUUGGAUAUCAUAAUUCCUGUACCGAUGACGGAGUUCUUCCUGCUAUCCAUUGAUUGGUCAGGAAAGGACAUGUACAGGACCACAGACAGGUUAAUCUGGAGGAUAAAUCCCGACGACAAAGAGGUGGCAGGUUACGUCAGGCAGGUCAAGAACUUCUACCAGGUGAUUGUACGGAAUGCUGGACAUAUACUACCGUAUGACCAACCAGAGCGAGGCUACGAUAUGAUACAAAGAUUUAUAGAAAAUAAGAGAUUUUCAUAAAAAAAAUGGCCAUAAAUUAAUUAUGUUAUCUUUAUUUUUAUUAUAAAAUUUUAUAUAUUUAUAA